AUGUCUAGCAAUCAGAGUUUGGUUCAUUGCAAUGAGAAGGAUCGACACACACUUUCAAUCUUCAAACAAGGUGUCAUUGACCCUUUAAAUCGGCUCUUAACAUGGUCCAGUGAAGAAGAUUGUUGUGCAUGGAAAGGAGUCCAAUGUGACAACACUACAGGCAAAGUUACAAAGCUUGAUCUUAAACCACAAAGAUAUGGAUAUAGACAAUACCAAUUCCAACCUUUGCAAGGUAAAAUCAACUUAUCCUUGCUACAACUUGAAUUUCUUAAUUACUUGGACUUAAGUUGGAAUGACUUUGAGGUUAUAAUUAUUCCACCUUUCCAUGAUCAUAUCACCUCUAGCCUUCAUUACCUUGACAUAUCCUACAAUAAUCAAGAUCUUUACCUUGAUAAUCUUCAAUGGCUUUCUCAACUUUCUUCACUAAAAUAUCUCAACCUCAAUUUUAUUGACCUUCACAAAGAAACCAACUGGCUUCAGUUAGUGGCUAUGCUUCCUUCAUUGUCAGAGUUAAGGUUAAGCAUUUGUAAAUUAACCAAUAUUAGUCCAUCUCAGAAGUAUGUGAAUUUUACUUCACUUGUAACUCUUGAUCUUUCUCACAACAAUUUCAACUCUGAAUUACCAUACUGGUUGUUUAACCUUAGCAGUGACAUAUCCCAUCUUGAUCUUAGGGAGAGUAGUUUACAUGGUGAAAUACCUUCAACUUUGUUGAACCUUAGAAAUAUGAAAUACCUUGAUCUAUCAUGGAACAAACUCAAAGGGUUGAUUCCAUAUUGGCUAGGCCAACAUGAAAACUUGCAGUACCUUUAUCUCUCUGGUAACCUGUUUUCUGGUUCCAUUCCUUCAACUUUAGGAAAUCUCUCAUCCUUAAUUGACUUACGUAUGGUCAACAAUUCCUUGUCUGGUGCACUCUCUGAUACAAUUUUUUCCAAACUCUUCAACUUGAAAGUGUUGAAGUUGAGUAGUUCAACUUUUGCAUUUGAUUUUGAUCCUGAAUGGAUUCCACCUUUCCAACUUCGUGUGCUUUAUUUGGCAAAUACAAGUCAAGGUCCAAACUUUCCAUCAUGGAUAUAUACUCAGAAGUCACUAGAAGCUUUAGAUAUAUCAAGCUCAAAAAUUUCAUUCUUAGAUGAGGAAAAGUUUUGGAGCUUUGUUGCAGGAAUUAAGGAUCUUUGUCUGUCCUACAAUUUCAUAAGUGGAGACAUAUCAAAGGUAACACUAAACUCUCUCUCUCUGAAGUUGGACCAUAAUAAUUUCACAGGAGGGCUACCUAACAUGUCAGAAAAUGUCUCCUAUGUGGAUGUAUCUCACAACUCCUUCUCAGGAUCAAUUCCUAAUGGUUUUCAGAAUUGGAAAUAUUUGUAUUAUGUUAACUUAAGGAAUAAUAAGUUAACUGGUAAAGUUCCACUUGACCUCUCCAACAUGACAAGGUUGGAAUUUAUGGAUGUUGGAAAAAAUGAAUUUUCUGGAACUAUGCCAAUGACAUCCCCACAAACUUUACAAGUUAUGAUAUUGAGAUCUAACCAAUUUGAGGGCAUUAUUCCACAACAGCUAUUCAAUCUCUCUUUUCUAUUUCAUCUGGAUCUUGCCCAUAAUAAGCUUUCUGGAUCUAUACCUCAGGGUAUCUAUAACAUUACUACCAUGGCUGCAGAUGAUGCUUCAAAAAGGGGUUAUGCUUCAUACUCAUUCAAUUUGUUUACCAAAGGUCAAGAAUAUGAGUACAAAUACAAUGGCUUGUCCAGAACUAUUGACCUUUCUGCUAACAACUUGUCUGGGGAAAUUCCUUAUGAAUUUUUUAACCUUGUUAAAGUUCAAACACUGAACUUGUCUCACAAUAAUUUGAUAGGGACAAUACCAGAAACAAUUGGAGACAUGAAAAGUUUGGAAUCCCUUGAUCUCUCCAAUAAUAAACUCUUUGGGAAAAUUCCUGAAAGCUUGGCUGUUUUGUCUUUUCUAAACUAUAUGAACCUAUCCUACAACAAUUUUUCUGGAGCAAUCCCACUGGGGACUCAACUUCAAAGUUUUGAUGCAUCUAGCUAUAUUGGAAAUCCAGAACUAUGUGGAGCCCCUCUUACAAAGAACUGCUCAGAGGAAAAUCUUGAAAAUGACAAGUUCCAUGGUGGCAAUAAUGAAGAUGGUGACACACUAAGAGAGUCGCUCUAUCUUGGGAUGGGUGUUGGGUUUGCAGUAGGAUUCUGGGGAGUUUGUGGUUCCUUGUUCUUUAACAGGACAUUGAGACACAUGUAUUUUCGAUUCCUUAAUCAUGUUGCACACCGAUUUCAUGUGGUUGCUGCUCUCAAAUUCAGCAAUGCUUUGGCAGAAUAG